AUGAAAUUCUACCAAACACUUUUGCUAUUAGGCAUAACAUGCGUAUUUCCCGUCCUCGGCCAGGAAACCCAUGUCUAUCCACCUGUGCUCCAAGUCGGACCGUCGACCGCCGAGUUUACUACUAGCGGUACUGCAUUGGACGGGCCAAAGCUCGACAAGAUCAACGCCACCAGCUUCGACUGGUGGUACUUCGACGCUGUCUCGGACGACCGACAGUUACAGGCCACCAUUAUCAUGGUCUCGGGAGACAGCUCGACCUUGGGAUUCCCGAUCAGUGUUGGAACGUCCAACUAUUGUUUUCUAUCUGUCCUCAUGCCGGAUCAGACUAUCUUUCAGGAGGUUCUCCUGAGCGGGGAUGCCACCAUAGUCACAUCGGAAGAUGGUACUUCUGGUAGCUAUGCUGGCUCAGGAGUAUCUUGGACCGGAGCGGGCGAUAUCUCUUCUUACGUCGUGACUGUUGACGACUCAUCGCUGGGGGUCGCCGGCAAUAUGACUUUGAACUCGGUCGCUCCCGCACACUAUCCGUGUGGUCCUAACAGCGCGGGACAAAACGAAGAGCUUUUCCCGAACGUGGGAUGGGCUAAUGCUAUUCCCGAUGCAGCAGCCACGGUCGAGCUGAACAUCCUCGGCCAGCAAAAUUGGGGCAUCGCACGUAUCCCCGCAUCGAUGAAAAGUUGGUACUGGGGCCACGGUCGGGUUGGGCCUUACUCUCUGGUCUGGUUUGACGCGAUCGCCACCAACGAUCAAGAAUACGUCAGCGGCUACCUGGCCAAGGAUGGUCAAAUAGUUGCCUCAGGUUGCAGUGGCAUCACCGUCCGACCCACUGGAGCAAACUCUGAAUACCCUCCGGCUCCGCUGCAAGGAGAUCCAAGUGGCUUUCACAUCGAGUUCACCACCGAUGAAGGCACCUUUGUGGCCGAUGUCGUGAAUGAGGCCUUGGCGUGGGAUCCGCCAAUAAUCUCUGGCGGCUAUAAACGCUGGGUUGGCAAUAUCACUGGCGGUUUCGAAGGUCAAGAGGAUUACGAGGGAGCGACGGUGCAUGAGUGGUUUCAUUUCUGGCUCAAUGUUUGA